CCUGCAUGCUCUCUAUAGUCUCUCUCCCCCCGGCCUGCAUGCUCUCUCUCCCCGGCCGGCCUGCAUGCUCUCUAUAGUCUCUCUCCCCCCGGCCUGCAUGCUCUCACUCCCCCGGCCUGCAUGCAUGCUCUCUCCCCCCGUGCAAUGCCCCCGGGGUGCACACAAUGUCUGCCUGCUGUCACCGCCUCAUGCUGGCGGGCAGCACAUAGAAGGUGCCGCCCUGUAUACCGUGCUAUUCACGUUACAGGAGGGACAUUAUUAAUGGGAUAACGCCCAGCGUGUUGCAGUGAUUAGAGGAGUUAUUUAACUCUCCUGUAGGAUAUCAUUUAUAUCACAGGGCUGGCCGUGCACUGCUUAUCCGCAUGGUGGAAGUGACAUGUCCAGGAAACAAUGGUGGAUUUUCCAACUCUAAAUCCCUGAUCACCCUGUAUAAAGUAUUACCAUCACAGCCAUAGCAUGAGACCCCUCAUUUUUAUUGUUUUGGUUUAGUAGACACAAGUAAGCAGUCAAUAAUUGGAGCAAGCCAUUCUACUUGCAUAUAAAAUUAUUGAUACAUUUUUUUUCCUUACAUUUCGUAUAGCGACAACUUGGUCAACAUUUUAUUGAUAUUGUGACACACAGGAUCGACGUUAUAAUUUUUUUAAAAUGUUUUAAUGUUGCGUACCAGGUUGAUCAUUUUGAAGCAACAGGCCAAGCACUAUAACCACCAAACAUACACCAUUGCAAGUAAUGAAAUUGUUUAAAGGGAUCCUAUGGUGCCAGGAAAACAAACCUUUCAUGGUAUUAUAGGUUUAAUAGGCCACCCCCCUCCUGCGGGGCUGAAGGGGUUAAAACCCCUUCAGCCACUUACCUGAAUCCAAUGCUGGGUCAGGCUCCACCCACGUUCCUCCCCCACCGUCAGCGUUAUUCAAUGCUUUCUUAUGGGGAUAAUCUGACGCUGGAGGUCCUAAUGUAGAGCGUGAGGACGUCCAACUUCAUAUAACGGACCAAAAGUCAGUUUGGAUUCCAGAAAGCGCCCUCUGUGGCUGUUUGAUAGACAGCCACUGAGAGCAGACAGAGAGCUGCAGUCAUACUCAUUCUCUGGAACUGCAAAUUUUACAUUCCCGCACUAAGUGCAAUAAAGACACAGCACCCAGACCACUUCAAUGAACUGAAGUGGUGUGGGUGCCUACUGUGUCCCUUUAAGAAUGGUGCCACUCCUCUUUACUCUCCUGCUCAGUUAAAGGGACACUACAGGCACCCAUACUACUUCAGCUCAUCGAAGUGGUCUGAGUGCAAUGUCACAUUUCUACUUAGUCCUACAAUGUACAUCAAUGAUUAGCUUGCAGGACUAAUACUACCUCUAGUGGCUCUCAUUAAGACAACCAUUAGAGGCACUUCCUGCUUGCUAGGUGACUUUUGGUCGCCUGACGCCGGACAUCCUCACGUUCUGCAUGAGGACACCCAGCGUCAGCCAAGUCUCCAUAGGAAAGCGUGUGCAUUAGCUCCCUUCUCUUGGGGGAGGCAUGACGCUGAUGGAGAUUACAGCUAAAAUCCAAAGAGUACAUUAAGGGUUUAUUACAGGUUUGUAUUCCUAGUACUAUAAUAUCCAUUUAAGCCCAGUGGUUCAGGCUUAGCUAGCCCUGCACUGCAGGGCUUGGCUUAUGAGAGCUAAUGAAACUGUUGUUUUUGUUUGUUUCUUUAACCCUUUUUCUUUCUAUUUGUUGGCCAGUCCAGUUGUUGUUGUUUGAUAUGAGUUAAUUUAAGCAAGUCACUUUAAUACUAAGAUAGUUUUGUAAUCAAUCCAUUAUAAAACACAUGGUAGAAAAUGUUUAAUUUUCAUGAAAUAUUUUACAGGCAGCCAGCAUCUGCAAAGUGGUACGACAGGAGGGAGUAUGUCUUUAUUGAAUUCUGUGUUGAAGACAGCAAAGAAGUCAAAGUAGACUUUGGAAAAAAUAAAUUAACUUUCAGGUAAGUUGUCAGUUAAUUUGCCAAUGCAAUGCUUUUAACGCCUGGCUUCAGAUAUGAAAUUGGGUCACUGUUCUGUUUUAGUGGGUCGCCAUUGGUAUAUACAGAUGCAACAUAUUCAUUGAGCCGCAUCAGCAAAUGUUUGAGCACAGCUUUUCAUAAUCUUGGCUAUACAUUUAAGACUGCACCUGAUUUUCUGGCAGGGAUUCUUUGUCCCUCCUCCCAAGUUCCUAUACCUGUGCUGUGAAUUGUAUAAAAAACAAGGAAAUAGAGGAACAAAAAAUAAUUACAUAAACAAAACCUGCAAAGUGACAGUGCUGCUUUAAUGGGAUACUAGUCAAAAUAAAAAAAAUCUUUAAAUUGGUUAUAGUGCCUGGAUUCCCCAGACAUUCUUCCUUCACUCUGUGUUAAACCAUUUUAGAGAAUCUGGAGCUGUAACUAAGGCAGACAUUACACUCUUCCUUGUAGUCAAACCCUAUACCAGGGGUAGGCAACCUUUUAGCAGCACUGUACCGAUAUAGGAUUGUGAUGUGCCGGUCCUAUUUUUUUAAAAUUAAGGUGUGUAUGCUGCCGUAUUCUGCUUAUUUUUACUGCAGUUGCUUUGCAUCGUUGUAUUUGUGUGUAUAUAAGCUAUUAUAUUGUAUAUGUUCAUUAGUAGUUUAUGGUAUUGUGUAUGAUACAUAUGAAUGUGGGCUGUGUAUGAGGGCUGCUUGUGGAAUUGUGUGUGGAUGGAUAUGUCACAUUGUGUUUGGUAGUGUGUGUGUGGGCUGUUUGGGGUAUUGCAUGUAAGAGGCUGCAUGUGGGGUUGUGUGCAUGUAUGGGGAUUGUUGGGUUACGUUUGUGCAGAUUGUGUGUAUGUUUGUGUGUGGGCUGUUCGUAUUAUUUGUAUAAGGGGAGGGUUAUUUUUCAUUUUCUGUGUUAUGAAUGUAAAUUAGUGAAAUGUCUAUUUACUGUGUAUACCUGUAUUCAAUAUCUACUCAAAAUGGCUGCUAGAGCACCACCUCCCACCGACUAACUACCUUGUGUAAUAAGAUGGCGCCUACUUCCGGAGUAAAAUCCCGGGAUGAUGGUGACAUCACGCCUCGUAGGAUGUGCAUUAGAUAAGACACUUAACACCUAACCAAUUAAAGAUGUACUCUCUGUUAUCUACAUUUUUGCAUAUGAUGUAUUUUUGCCUUUUAUAAGGGGCUUGCCACCCCCUGAGUAAACACUCCAAAGUUUUUCAUUAACCUGAUACCUGUGUCUCAGUGUAAUUUACUUCAGAGCGUGCACCCAUUUAUUUUAACAAUUUGGAAAGGAGCAGAUACUCAGAUAAAAACUUGGUUUGAUCCACAAUAUCUGUGUAUAUCUAGCAGUAUGGUUGGCUUCCCUGGGUUCCAGUGGGGACCAGGCUGGCCUGGUACAGGUCAAAGACUGCAGCUGCAGGCUGCUCUACUAUGUUGUGGAUUCCCAUUCACAAGUGCUUGGAGGAAGUGAUCUGAGAUCAUUUCCUCUAUGUGCUGCAAUGCUUACAUUGAGGAUUGUCCUUCACCACCUCUUCAAUUAGCAGAUAUUUGAAGUUUUACUGUGAUUCCUGAUAGGCCAGAGCCUGUUUGGCUCUAGCAGCCUUGAGUGCCGUGCAAAGACACCUUGAGUGCCGUAGGUUGCCUACCCCUGCCCUAUACCAUCAGUUGGAGCUCUGCUAGGCCAAAAGCAGUCAGCUGACCCUCUCAACCAAUUAUAGCUACCCAUUGCUUCAGGAAUGGACUGCUGGGGACUCUUUUAGCAUCAAAACUAAAAAACUGUUUAAUGCUGAAUACAAUUAUGGCACCAGGGGAUUACAGACUCCAUAACCUGUUCAAUGAGAUGAAGCAUAUUUGGUGCCUACAUUGUCUCUUUAACCCCUUAAGGACCAAACUUCUAGAAUAAAAAGGGAAUUAUGACAUGUCAUAUGUCUUUAAGGGGUUAAUUAAGACGCUGUGGUUGUUCUAAUGGGAACAGUACCCUUGUGCCGUUUCCUGCUAGUGGAUCAGACCGUUUUACCAUGGUUUGCCACCUACCUCGGUUUCAUCAGAAGCAGAGCCAGAAAGAAAACCUCAUGCUCUUGUUCCACACGUGCUAGUGAAACCUACUUACCACUUCCAGCUAGCUUCAGUAUCUUCGUAUCUGCCCUAAUAAAACACGUGCACCAUGAACACUACUUCAAAACACUAAUGUAGUUACGUUGCCUGGAGUAACCCUUUAACCCCUUCACGGUUGUUGACGGUUCAGGACCGUCACCGGCCCUCAAGGGUGACUUGCCCGAUCGCUGUCGCUCCAAGUGUGGGGAGAUUGCCUGGCAGCCCAGACAGUCUCCCCUAGGUGAAUUAGGACCGCGCGGCUAUGUGAUCACUCACAUGGCCACAAUAGGUGCCAAGUAUCUGCCCGCAGGGGGACUGUCUGUGCUGACAGGCAGUCUCCCUGCAUGUGUAAAAUGAAAAAUGUUAAGAGGGGGAUAUUAAAAUUUUUAUAUAUAUAUAUAUAUAUAUAUAUAUAUAUCUAUAUAUAAUUUUUUUUUUUAUAUAUUUCAUAUUGAGUGUAUUUUUAUAUACAUAUAUUAAUAUAAAAAUACACUUAUUAAAUUACACGGGUGUGUAUAUAUAAUUUUAUAUAUAUAUAAUAAAAUAGAAAUAAGUAAAUUAAAAAACGUAAAAAUUAUAAAAUUAUAUAUGAAAUUUUAUUCUAACCGUGUUUUGAUAUUUAUAUCAAAAUACACUUAGAAUGAAAUUAUAUACAUCUAUGUAUAUAUAAAUAAAUCAAAAUAAUACGUGUAUAAUUUCAUAAAUAUACACGUAGACUUCAAAUAUAUAAAUAUGUAUUUAAGUUCUACAUGCGUAUUUAUGUAUUAUUUUUACAUAAUCAAGUAAUUUUAUUGAUUGCAAUUUGACGGACCUGCCUGACAACCCAGGCCGAAAGUCCAGGGAAUUUAAUUUGCUAGCAACGUAUUUAACUCUGUAACUUUCUAUGACACCCUAAAACCUGUUAAUGGGGGGUAUUGUUUUACUCGGGAGACUUUGCUGAACACAAAUAUUAGUUUCAAAACAGUAAAACGUAUCACAACAAUUACAUCAGUGAAAGUGCAGUUUGUGUGUGAAAAAUGCAAAAAGUCACGUUCCCUGACAUUUACUGUUGUUUCCCUGAUGUUUUACUGUUUUGAAACACUAAUAUUUGUGUUCAGCGAAGUCUUCCAAGUAAAACAGUACCCCCAUGUACAGGUUUUAUAGUGGUUUUGAAAGUUACAGGGUCAAAUAUUUUUACAUUGAACAUUGCCAGGUUGGUUAUGUUGCUUUUUUUGAGAGCGUAUGGUAGCCCAGGAAUUAGAAUUACCCCCAUGGUGGCAUACCAUUUGCAAAAGAAGAUAACCCAAGGUAUUGCAAAUGGGGUAUGUCCAGUCUUUUUUAGUAGCCACUUAGUCACAAACACUGGCCAAAAUUAGUGUUCAAUUUAGUUUUUUGCAUUUUUCACACACAAAUAUUAACUAACUUUGGCCAGAGUUUGUGACUAAGUGGCUACUAAAAAAGACUGUACAUACUACCCCAUAUUGAAUACCCUGGGUUGUCUAGUUUUUUUUUCAUUAGUUUUCGUAGGUAAGUAAAAGAUUUUUCAAGCAAAAGUAAAAAAAAAAAAAAAAAUUUUUCGUCAUAUUUUUUUUUUUCGCCAUAUUUAUUUAUUUAUUUAUUUUUUAAAGUAAAUUAUGACAUGAUACAAAUAAUGGUAUGUAAAGAAAGCCCUUUUUGUCCUGAAAAAAAAUAUAUAUCUUGUAUGGAAACUGUAAAUGAGAGAGAGGAAAAUUACAGCUAAACACAACAAAAAUUUUAAAACAGUCCUGGUCCUUAAUGUACAACAUGGCCAAAACAGUCCGGUCCUGAAGGGGUUAAAUGUGUGUGUUCACUAAACCGCAUGUUGUGGUUACUGCAGAAUCCACAUGGGAAGAACUAGGGCCAAAAUAGCAAGUUUGAAUAAACUUGGUCGUCAAAUAACUAGUGCUGUGUUCUUUUGGAUUAAACCCUUUGAAGGUGAUGCUAUAUGUUAAUGCAGGUAGUAGCACUGUAGAAUUUGAAGGAAAGCUGUAUGUAAGCAUCUGUUAAAGGAACACUAUAGCGUUAGGAAUACAAAUAUGUAUUCCUAGCGUUGUAGAACCUUAGUCAUCGAAUGUGCAUCCGCGGCCAGAGGCGAGUGCGCAUUCAAACCCACUCAUAGGAAAGCAUUAGUCAGUGCUUUCCUAUGGGGAUCUUUUUUGACACUGGACUCCGCGAGGGCGUCCAUUGUCAAAUAAGUGCGAUUUACUAUGUGUAAAUCGGGGAGGCAGCCUCUAGUGGCUGGAUUAACCCUGCAGUGUAAACAUAGCAGUUUCAAACUAUGUUUUCAGCUGCAGGGUUAAAACUACGGGCUGAAGUGGUCCUUGAAGCAAGAAAAUAUGCAUUUCAGUUUUUCAUUGGUUUGUUAACCAGCAUUGAUUGCAGUGAAUUGUCGUCAUACUUUUUCCCUUUGAAAGAUGUGUUGGUCCACCAUGUCUAGCAGCAGACCCGUUCCACAAUUCGUUCUACUUAGCAGCUGGGCACACGUUUUAAAGGGACACUAUAGUCACCAAAACCACUUUAGCUUAAUAAAGCAGUUUUGGUGUAUAGAUAAUGUUUCAGAAGUCUCACUGCGGAAUUCUCUGCCAUUUAGCACUAGUCACAUUUCACUGGCUGUGACUCAAACGGACUGCGUAAAAAAGGUUUCAAUUACAUGUAACUUACUUUAAAGGUUUUUAGCUUCUGCUCUGUAAAUUGAACUUUAAUUACAUACCGGAGACUCCUGCAAAGUCUAGCAAGUGCAGGAGAAAAAAAUCUAAAUGUAAACAGUUUGCAAUAAAGUUAGUGUAAACAUUAGAUUACUUUUCAUGUGUUUAAAAAGGCACUUGCAGGGAGGUGUGACUAGGGCUGCAUAAACAAUGUGAUUUACUUUGCCUAAAGGCAGCAAUUUCAGCUGUAAGACUGCAGGGGCACGAUCUAUACACUGAAACUAGUUCAUUAAGCUAGUUGUUUUGGUAAAAAUAGUGUACCUUGAACAUCUGCUAUGCAAAUUGCUCAGUUAUUUUUGUUCUCUUAUGUUCCAAUAGAAAUAUAUUGAUGUAUGUCUUAUUGAAAAUAUCAUGAAAUGUCUGUGUCCUUGGAGAAUGAACAAAAUAAAGAAUUGAGAAAGAAAGAGCUGUUGGUUUCAAUUGUUGUUACUACACUUAGAGCGAUGAGUCAAGUAUCUUAUGACCAAGCAAAUUGUCAGGUCUUUGUAGUAAUUUGUCCCAGUGGGGUUUUGCGUAACAUUCAGUUGAAGAGGAAUACUAAUUAAUAACAUUGCUACUUCUGUAUAGCCCCAUAAUGAUGAGGCCUCCAGGUUUACUUCACGCAGAUGUUUGUAAAUUAAUGGAUGUCACGUUUAUCAAGCUACAGGUUUUGUCACGUGUAGAAAAAAUACAGAAGACAAACUAGUCCCUACUUUAUGUCUUAUAGAGAAAUACAUCCAAAAUUAAGAAAAUAAAAGAUUCUCAAAGAGGAAACAAUAGGAGAAAGGUACAUUUGAGGUGACAGACACUUUGAAUGUAAUGUUUUGUUUGUGUUAGGCUCAUUAAAUAUCAGUCAAGAGGAAACGUUGACUUCCUGGUGUGGGAUGUUUGUGUCUAGAUAAAUGUUUGGUGUACAUUUCAAUUUGCCUUUUUCUUAUUUUGCAGUUGUCUUGGAGGAGCAGAUAGUCUUAAACAUUUAAAUGAAGUUGAGCUUUUUCAGUCCAUUGACCCAAACGUAAGUGGUUCUACUUUCUUUAGAGGGAUGGUUUUAGUUUUCCAUAUCCAUCCAAUCCACUAUUUAGACAUACUGGUUUUUUUUUUGGUUUUUUUUUGUCGUCUGUUGUGGGGGGGAGGGGGGGCAUAGGGGUAAUGAUACAAAUCAAAUGUAUUUUAAUUUUUUUGAUCUCUUGUGGUUUUAGUAGGUUUUUAUCAAAAUCUGGAGGUUUUGUGUAUGCUGCACUUAAAGGGUCACACUAAGCACCAUUACACCUUUGUGGAAUUGGAAGAUUGGUAUUGCACAGAGCAGUCUGAGCCAGCUCUCAACUUUGAGUUGUUUAAAACUGAAGAAAUGUCUCAAUAUCACUGCAGCUCAAAGACUAUCCCUUAAUUGUGCAGCCUGCAGGAAAACCUAUGGAUUGUAAUUUUGACCUGGGAGCAGAGUGUGCUCAGUCCAAGUUGUGCAUGCAGUGUGCAAACUGUCCCGCACUCAUAGUUUUAUGUCCUCCCUGCAGAGUUGCAGACCAAGGCACAAUGCCUCUUUCGCUCCUAGAAGAAAGAGACAUGCUGCAAACUGUUGAGAACCGCUCAGUUUAGUGAACUGGCUACAAAAGUACAAAUCUAUUGCAGCUGUUAAAAAACCAAAAAAAACCCCAUCAAGCGGUGCAUUAAGGGAAACUUUUAAGGUGCUUUAACUUGGGGGUUUGCAUUUUGUUUUUAAAUGCAUUAUCCUUAUUUAAAUAAAACACAACUUUAUAAAUUGCUGUCGACCUUUCUUUCUCUUCGCAGGAGUCUAAACAUAAAAGAACAGACAGAUCUGUGUUAUGUUGUUUACGAAAAGCAGAAUCUGGUCAGUCAUGGCCAAGGAUGACGAAAGAAAAAGCAAAGGUAUUUUCAGUGUAUCAUAUGUAAAAUGUUUUACUAUAGUUUUGUUGCUUGGGGUUCCUGACCUUGGCAUAGAUGCAUGUUAAGCAUGGCUUUCUGCAAAAAUAACAAAGUAAUUUUUAAUGCAUUGAAUACAAAUUUCUUGCAGCUUAACUGGCUCAGUGUUGAUUUUAACAAUUGGAAAGAUUGGGAGGAUGACUCUGAUGAAGAUAUGUCAAAUUUUGAUCGGUUCUCAGAGGUAAAUUACAAACUAUUUUACAGUGUGUUUCUAAAUGUCUUAUUGUCUGUACUUUAAUAUUAAUAUUUUCCCUUGUAGAUGAUGAAUAACAUGGGAGGAGAUGAAGAUGUAGAUUUACCAGAAGUAGAUGGUGCAGAUGAUGUAAGUUGAACAGUUUGCCUCUUAUGUUCCUUGCAUCAACUGAGAAUAGAACACUAAUAGAGGAGUUGUGACUUGUACCUUUACAGAGAAAAGUCCUUCCUGUUACUUUUUUUUUGGGGGGGGGGGAUUCUAGUGUUGGAUAGGUCUAGACUGGUACAUUGGGGAUGUUGUAUAAAAAGUGUGCUGUUUAGAAAAGCAGUCUAAAGAAUUAAAUGUGAGGCAAGCAUACUUAUCCAUAACGAAUUCAAAAAAAAUGAAACCAACCUCUUACCAUAAAGAUCAGCUUAAAGUAGUCACUGUUUAAUUAUAGAGUUUUCUGUUCUACUGUUGUACUGUGUAUUUUACUUUGCUGUAUUUUAUUGAGAAUAUAUUCUGCAUUUAGAGAGCAAUACACCUUGCCUACUUCUCAAUGAGCUCCUACGGUCCAGUUUUUAUGAGGCAGAGUAAUUAAGUCCCUUACUUGUUCAGUGUCUGUUCUGUGCUUAUGUUUGCAGAACAGUCCUUCCUUGUUUUUCUGAAUAUUUUUAUUUUUUUUCUUCAAAUUACUUUAGGACUCACCUGACAGUGAUGAUGAAAGUAAGUAAUGCAACAUGUUAACGGUCACAUAAAAUGCAGUUUAGAAAUGCACCUGACCUAAAUCCAUCUAAAUUAUUUUUUUUUUCUUUUUGUUUCUUUCAGAAAUGCCUGAUCUUGAGUAAGAAGCAGACACCGUUUUGGGGGAAGGGAUGGGAGGGUGGAUGGGUAGAAAAAUAUUUCCUCUUGCUCUGCAACAAAUGCCGAUACCCAAGUUGUAAAUACAGUUACUGAAAUACUUCCAGUCAGCUUUUUUUUUUUUUUUGUCUUUUGUCUAUUUUCACCAAUUGGCAUUCACCAAAGGUAGAGAUUGCUCGUACUGGACAUUUGAUCAAAUUUCCCACCGCAGUGCUUCUAAUAUGUUUAGUACACUUGAAAGGGAAGUAAUACUAUAAAUUAAGAACUAGCUAUUAAUGCCUGAAUCAGACUGCAAAUUAAAUUUUUUCUAAAUUAGUAAUAUAAUAUUAAACAGUUUGUAGAAUCAAACAUCCUGCUUUCUUCGCAAAAUACAGUUGAGUUAAUUUAAUGGAAUUGGUUUAUGGUUAACUUGAUAUAAUAGCACUAAAUCGGAUAUCAAUACUGCUGCAUAAGCAUAGGUUUACAUUAUAUCAGUGUACCUUUAUAGACAUUGCUAUUACGUUAUCUACAUUUUUAUAAAGUCUGCUAGACUAUACAAGUGACAGCUCUCCAGCUUUAUGCUGCUAUUGUAAUGUAUUUAGAUUUUGCCACUCUAGAUGAGCAUACUGUUGCAAUUAACACCUUCUGAAACAGUUAAGCAUCAGUAUAUAUGUAGUGUCCCUUUUAAUUGUGACAUGUUUAUUUUGCACAUCUGUGAUCGCUGAUGUCUCAUGGUUGUAUGUGAGGAGUUUUUUUGUUUUGUUUUCUGCCUAGCGUUACUAUAUUAGUUUGUAAAUUAAAUGCUAACGGUAUACAAUCUUGGAACAAGUAUGAAUGAUUUUUUGCACCCUCAAUUGCCCCCCUCCCCCACCCCUCCCCACUGAUUAAAGCCACACCAGAGUAAACUUUAGUAGUUUCUUAGUUCACAUAAGAAAGGACAGAAAAUAGAACCCUGAAAUUAGUAUAAUUAAUACUACCUACCCUUUUAUCUGGCAGGCUUUGUAACUAUCCCCAAUAAAAUAGGGGAGAGAAUAUAAACACUGCUGUGCUUUAACCUGGUAAAUUUAAAUAUUGGGGGAAAAAAAACGUUUUAUAUAACGAGUCCAAAUAGCAACUAGAAAGAGAAAUCAAGUUACAUUUGUGGGAUCCCUCCAUUAAAUCUGCCCAUGCAAACAAGUAAAUGAUAGGUAGACGAGAGUGGGCAGAAUUAUUUAUACUAAUUGGCUGCCACGGCUUGAUAAGGAAAUACAAUUUUAAAGUGGCUCUAGUGCUUUUAUUACUCGUGCAGCUCAACAUAGUUCCAGUGGAGUAAACUCUGGACUUACUCCAAUGUGGUGGUUAUGGCUUAUUGCUCUUUAAAGUGCCCUAGCACUUUAUCUAUGCAUGAAGUGCCUCAUUAUUUACUAGCCAUGUGACAUCAACAUUCACUUUUACACUCAGUGUUACUUACGAGAUUUGACUGCAUUAUAUCAAGAGAAUACAUUAACCAAAAAAAGUCUUAGUUUUAUUUAAAUGUAAUUAAGCAAUGUUUUGAUGCAGACCAAAACCCUCGACCUAUCUUAAAAACCUAAUUUAUGUGGUUUCAAAUCUGCCUUUAAUGACUUCAAAACUGUGGCUUCUGAAUUUGGCUUAAGGGCACACUCCUAGAACCAUAACAACUAUAGCUUAUUGUAGGGUUAAGGUACUUGGAGCUAUGGGUGUAGCCUCCAUAUGCUUGGAAGGGAGAGUGCGGUGUUGUUUUUUGUGUGUGUUUUUUGGGAAAAAAAAAAAACCUGAGAAUUCCCUGAACUCAAAGUUCACCGGUUACGAAUAUAACAAGGCAGUGUUGUGCCCUUGUUACUUGUAUAGGUUAGCUGGAAUUGGCCAGCUCAGAUACAUUUUAGCCUUCUCAAUGCUACCUAGUUUACACCGGUUAUGGUGCUGGUAAAAUUGUUAACCGUGAUCUAGAAUGACCGAAUCCUUAGUUACAAGUACACAUAUUUUCAAACUGAGGAAGUGAAACAAUCAUGGCUGAUAGAGUGGGUUUUUAGUGCAAGGAAUCCUUCAUUAACAGGAUGGGACUGGGAGUGUCACUUUGAGGUUCAAUCUGUUUACAUUUUGUGCAUAUUUCAUUUAAUGUAUUUGAUUAUGCACAUUGCAGACAUAUUGGUUGUUUUUCUAUGAAACAUCUCAAGCCGCCCAAUGAAAAUACCUAAACACUUGUUCUAGUUUGACCCUUUGGUAUCUCUACCUUUUUGCAGUGUAUGGCCACCUACCUGUACAUUGUCCUCUCAUCAGUCUGUACAUUUAGACCAAAUUGUAUUUGCACUGUCAGUAUAUAUUAAAAAUGGAAAGAGUAACAAUGUUAAUACACUAUUCUGUUGUGGUUUUUUUGGGGAUGAGAACUUUUUGAAAGUUGUGGGAUUAUCUUUUUCUUUUUGUCUACAUUAUUUCUAAUAAACUGUUAAGAGACCUCACGGUUUUUGUUCAAUGUGUUGAAGCUGUUUUAUGGAUUUUGUGUUAAGUUAAGAUAAAAGGAAAUGAUAAAAUCAGGUUGUAAUUUUCUAAAAAUAUGUAUACAAAAGAAUAAUGUAAAUCACGUUUUGUGACUGGGGAGUCGCUGGCUGAGCGUAUUAGCAGACUCCUCUCCAAUUAGUGGCGGCAUUUUGCUUUUCCUUAAUCUGAAAAUUCAGAAGCCAGGUAAGGAGUGGAGAUCACUGGCACUGGUAAGAGUACAUCUGGAGGUCUCCUGGCACCAUAACGUAAUUUAUAGAGUUGUUUUGGUGCCUGGAGUGUCCCUUUAACUCAAUGAAAUGUGCCAUGUUGUGUGCUGGCUAGGAUGUAAAAAGACUCCAUGACUAGUCCGAUAUAGCAAACUGCUCCUGCAUCUUCUGACUGGAGGCAGAUACAACUUCCAUUGAUCUCAUUAAGUGUUUUGUGUGUAGUCAGGGUGACUGGUAUGUUAUUGAAUCCAGGUAUGCUUCCCUCUACCCCAGAAAACAUUGAAGAUCAUGGGCAGUGAGCAAGGAUUUAUAGCACAUAAGCAGUAUGUCCUAUUUCUAAAUCAUCAACAGUAUUCCCUAUUGUAGUAUAUGCUGGUGUAUACUUUCACACAUCAGUGUAGCCAUUUAUUAAGCUUUUGUUGCAUUUGUACAUUGUGACCAUGUUUAAAAUACCUUCGUUCAUAUAUAAAGAGGCAUGCAUAAAAUUGACAUUGGAGAUAUGUACAAUGUUUGUAUAUCUUACCUGUGUGUAGAAUGUGAAUUUACAUGCACUGUGUGUAGUGUAGCUUAGCUGCAUCUAUUUAGGACCUCUUUUCAUGUUACUUUACCGUCCCUACUGUAUGUUGGAUUGUGCAAUCCAUUUCCUUGUACAUACUAUAAACCAGAUGAUGUUUGGAUCAAGUAAAC